AUGUACGAAUAUGUUUCGCCGGACAAACAGGACCCAGUUCACUUGGAAUGGAUGAAAGAGGCGCUGGCCAUGGCUGAGGAAGCAAUGGAGGCCCGCGAAGUACCAGUCGGCUGCGUUUUUGUUCGUGAUGGACGAAUCAUAGCGCGCGCGCGAAACCGAACCAACGAACUCAGAAACGCAACUCGACAUGCUGAAUUAGAAGCUAUCGAUGAAAUAUUUGCCUCUCCUGCGCUGACACCAACGCCGAUCCCUCGGCAUCCCCUUUCUCAAACGGACUUAUAUGUCACCGUUGAACCUUGCAUCAUGUGUGCAAGUGCAUUGCGCCAGCUUGGACUUCGUGCGACUUAUUUUGGCGCCGCAAAUGAGCGCUUCGGGGGAUGUGGAAGUGUUUUGGAUGUAAACGAGCGCCCAAGUGCUGCCCACCCAUCCUACCCAGCAUCAUUUGGAUAUCUGCGGGAGGAAUGCAUUAUGAUUCUUCGGAGAUUCUAUAUGACAGAAAACUCAAAUGCUCCGGUUCCCAAAACAAAGGCUAGGCGGGUGCUCAAAACAUCGAUAUCGGACCCAGCAUCAAUGAAAUAA